AUACAUCUGACGCUUGUUCUAGACUGGUUGGUUAUUCUAUCGUGAAGAAGAAUGUCGAUAGAUAUCCCCAUCGGCCAUGGCGGUGAAGUGCUAGAGGUCAGCCGACGUGAUCUGAAAGAGAAUGAGUCUUUCGUGUUCAGUAUCCUGAACGACGAAGCCGUUCCGCUAUGGGUUUAUGUUGAUAUUGCGUUGGAAUACUGGAAACAAGGCUUGAGACACCAGUUCGAGGAAGUCGUCAGGACCGGGUUACGAAGAGCUCCCCGAGAGGCGGGACCAGUGGAACAAAAGCAUCAGGUCCUAUUGCUGAAUCUCUUGGCUUCGUACUAUAUAGAAACCGCCAAGUCCCUCCCUGCGGACAGCGAAUACGCGAAUGACAACCCGGACAGAUUAACAGCGAACCAGUGCAUAUUGCAGGCGACGGAGCUUCUUAACGAAGCAUUGAGUCUCGAUAAUCAAGAUGUGUAUGCUAUUGUGGCGUCAGGCAAUAUUCGACUUGUGAGAAGGGAGUACGAUGAAGCCUCUAAUUCCUUCCAAGGCGCUCUGUCGAGGGAUUCGACGUGUGUCCCAGCUUUACUUGGAGAGGCAUCUGUUCGCUGUCUCAAGGGAGACUUUGAUAAGGCCUUGGAACUCUACCAAAAAGUACUGUCCAUAAAACCUGACCUGCAGCCGGACGUCAGGGUCCCUAUUGGUAUAUGCUACUACAAGUUGGGUGCUACCACCCAGUCACGCAAGGCACUGGAGCGCGCCUUGCAAUUGGAUCCGAACAAUGCAGACGCCCUGAUUCUGCUGGCGAUUCUGGACUGGAAUGUGUGCCGAGGGCCUGAGGCGGUCUCAGACGACAAACGCCGUCUAUCCACAUCAGCUAAUGCCAAACUCCUGAAAGUAUAUCGUACAAAUAAGAGGCACCCGCUACUGGCAUGUCAAAUGGCCUACCGGAAGUUGCUACGUAAAGAGUACACUGAGUGCAUUAGGUAUGCAGACAUGGUUCUGCAACGUACAGACGUCACACGGCUCCGCGCAGAAGGCUUAACUUGCAAAGCCCGGGCGCUGCAAGCGAUGCGCAAGUAUAACGAAGCUCUACAACUAUUUGAAAAGGCGGCCGCGCUGGAUCCAUCCUCGGUCUCUAUUCUAUACGGACUUGCGGCCAUGCAAAUCUUCAAAGGGCAAACAGAAAAUGCUUGCCAGACGCUGGAACGAAUUUUGCAGAAAGAACCGCAAAAUACCGAAGCCAUGAUGCGAUUGGUUUCCUUGUAUGCCCAGAUGCCGACCCGCAGAACUACUGCGGUGGAGCUCUUUGAUAAAUUCAGUAGAUCGUCAGGUGGAGGGCAUAGUCUAGAUACCCUCGAUUCAAACAAGGACGAAGAUGCUGUGGAUGAUCCAAACGUUCUAAUUGACGUCGGUAGAGCUUUGGAGUCAGCUAGCAUCAAGCGCUCGGCCAGCUUAUACCGUCGAUCUCUAGAGAAGCUGCAGGCUCGCGGUAUCCAAAUACCACCCGAAUUGUACAAUAACAUGGCCGUCCUACACCAAUUGCUUGCGGAGAGCACAGAAGAUGCGACACGUAAGAGUGUUGAAAAUAUCAAGGACGGUGUUCAGGCAAAUGGUAGCACCGACGCCAACAGCGAACCACGUACCAAGGACGAACUCUUGAUCUCUGCAGACAAAUUCUAUAACCUAGCCCUCAGUGCCGCGAAUCAAUCUGACGUGGGUGACGGGUUCCGCCGGGCGGCGACGAUGACUAAAGCCACCGUGCAGUAUAACCAAGCACGCCUGCUGGAGGCGAAGGGCGAGCUACGCCAGGCCGUAGACGCCUACAAGCAAAUUUUGGAGCAAUAUCCCGCCUACACAGACGCUCGGUUGCGCCUUGGCGCAAUAUAUUGUGACGAGGGCCGGUUUGAGGACGCUCUGGAGCAUUUUAAACUUGUCGCCGAUGCUGAUCCUCAGCACGCUGAAUCCCGGUUGCUGAUCGGAAGGGCGUGUUCGUUGGCUGGAAAGAGAGUCGAAGCAAAAAGAGCCUUCGAUUCUGUCUUGAAGUCGAUUGAUAAUCAGAAUAUAUACGCCUUGUGCGCUCUUGGCAAUGUACAAGUUGGAUUAGCACGAUCAGCCGCGCGACAGGAUCCCAAAGAGAGAGACGAACUGAUAGUGCGGGCCCACAGGUUGUAUGAUGCCGCUCUAAAACAUGACCCGAAAUGUGUACAAGCAGCAAUAGGCAUGGGAAUUUUGUUCACGGAGGUGGGACAAUUACGGGACGCAUACACUAUCUUCAGCCAAGUUGAACAAGCUACUGGAGACCUUCCCUCUGCAGCGCUCAACCUUGCUCAUAUUCUGCUUGCCCUUGAUGAGAAAGACGCAAAAAUUGCAAUACCAUUGUACGAGAAAGCCUUGAAAAAGGGUUUCGGUCAAGAUUCGUACGUUUUGCAAUCUUUAGCCCGCGCGUAUUAUAUCUUAGCUAGGGAGCGCAAGGACGAUGCGGCUAUGCACUCCGCCCUCCAAUGGGUGCAAAAGGCAGCAAAGUUGAAUCCUAGCGAUGCAGCGAUUUUCUUCAACCUUGCCUUAGUAAAGCAGCACAUGGCUGUUGUACUUAAUGAUCAACCGAUAGAAAGAAGAAAUCUCGCUGCAAUGCAUAGAGCAACAGAGGGAAUCGAAACCGCUGAGAAGAUAUUCACUGCACUUGCAUCGAGAGAUCCAGAACAUCGACCAAAUUACAAUAUUACUCAUGCGAUGCAUCGUAAGACUUAUUGUAAAGAUGUACGAAAGCUAUCUGAAAAGAAAAUCCAUGAGACUGCCACAUUGGAGAGACAAAGAGAGGAAAGGAAAGAACGGAUCAGGGAAGAACAACGGCUGCGAGAGGAGCAGAAACUACAGAAGGAGCGGGAAGAGCAAGAGCUACGACGACACCAGGAAGAAGAACGAGAGCGUCGCCGGGCGGAGAUCCAGGCCAAGCUGCAGGAAGACAUGGCUCGCUCACGGCAGCUUGAUGAGGAGGAAAAAGAGAUGGAAGUAAACAAAAGGAAAUCAAAAGGAAGUAAGCGUGUGCGUGAAGUAUCACCAUCAGAUAGCGAUAAUGAGCCGCAGAAGAAUGACAAAAGACGCCGGAUGCGAAAGAAAGCAGAUCAAAAACGGGCAAACACAGCGGAUGAUAGCGAUGGUGAACUAAAUGAGGUCAACCCAUCUCGAACCGCGAAGCGUGUCGGAAUCCGUUCCAAUCUUUCUAGCGAGUUUGUGGAGGAUAGCGAAGAUGAAGAAGAGGUACCAAAUAGCCCUAAAAGGCAAGACCCCGAGAAUAGUGGUGAAGACGACAGUCAAAGCGGCUCUAAACGGAAAAGAGUGGCAGAGAGUGAUCAGGAGAAUGCACAAGCAUCAUCUGAUGAGAGAUUAUCACACAAUGGCACGCCCGUAGAAUCGGAGGACGAUGAUGUACAUUUCAAACGUCCACGGCUGAGCAAAGGGACCAAAGCUGCAGUUGAAGAUAGUGAAGAGGAGGCUUAACAGUUUUUGGAUAUCUUUGGAUAUUUGUUAAUUAUUAUGGAUGGAAUUUAAUAUUGAUCAUUCUGCUCCUGGCCAUCCACACUGAA